AUGGCACCUCUUCUUGGUCGAAAGACCCACGCCAAAGAGGCCACGGCGGCCAACCUUCCCCCUCUUCUGGUUGGACAGCAUCACACGGAAUCCAGUGCUCUCCACAGCCUGUAUUUCCUAGGCCCUCUCUCUCGCUGGUCUAAUUUUCUACGGGCUGUGGAAGCAACGAGCAAUACUCAGACAUGGAGCCCAAGAGUGAUCAAGUACACCCAACGUCUAGAUGAAGAGGCAGUACAGGUCGGUGACGAGCACGGAGUUCAGGGCCGUUUCCAGCAAUCACUAGGCUCUUUAAUGGGGCAUGUCUUCAAAGCUCAAUCAAUCGACCUACAUUUCGCCGACUUCAAAUGCCUAGGAAGCUCAUACACUGAUGUACCUGAUGUGAUAUUGAAGAACAGCAACAACGAGCUAAAGGUUAUAGGGGAGCUGAAGGCACCCUGGAUCGAGCAACACAAGUUAGGUGGUUUCUACAAUGAAGACGAGCUAAGGCAAUUACUCGCCCAGCCGAUCAACUACAUGCAAAGUCUGAACUGCAUGUAUGGGUUUCUGAGCACGUAUGAUGAGACUAUAUUUCUGAGACAGGAGCUGAUCAACGGGGUGUGGCAAGUAUCAUAUUCCCCCGUGAUCAAAGGAUCUACCAGUUAUGUCCCAUCCAAUGCUACGAAUGUGCUAGGCUCGCCGGUUGUUUCAGUCAAGCAGUGUUUUCUCUACCUUGCUAGUCUUGCAGUUCAACAGGGGCCAGUCUUUAACAAUACACCACAAUCCCAGUGGUUCCUUGAUUAG